GCGCCGUAGACAAAGGCGGGCGCGCGCACGUCCUUACGCACGCCUCGGCCGGCGCUGCGGGCAGGGCGGAGGGACCGUCGCCGAGGACUUGGGAACCGGAGCCUCGCCGCGGUGCUGGGAAUGGAGCCCAGAGCUUGUGCAUGAUAGCUCUGGCAGCAUGUAAACGGCUUUUUGCCAAGAACCCAGGUCACCACUGAGAAGAGGGCCUCAGGGAAAAGGUAUCGAGCAGCCACUAAUGCCAGGUGCGUCUGGAGCUCUGCUCACUGCAGGCAGCAUGAGACAUUCCGUGCCGGCCUCAGUGUGCCAUUGGCGAAGACUGGGGCUCUCCAGGUAGGAAGAUCCUGGGGAAAGCAAGCACCAGAUCCUCUCCAGAAGGAGAAUGGGCCAGAUGUGAACUCUCUACAGUGAACUCGGGCUUCAGCUUAUGAAGGAAUUUUAAGUAAAACAAUUAUUUAAUUUCCACAUACUUGUUUUCAAAAGCCUUCUGUGUGAAGUUCCAGCCAUCACUCACACUCACACUCUUCUCACUCACACACACACACACACACACACACACACGUGCUCGAGUUACCAGGAGUUUUCUGGCAUCAAGGUGAGCUCUUCUUGGUACUUCUGGUAAUACAGAUCUGCAGGACAGAUUUAUCUGCUGAAUGCUCCGGGGCAGGAAAAAGAGUGAAAUCUCUGGAAGCAGCGGGCGGAAAGCAGAGCAGAGAGUUCUCCCUCGCCACUUAGUUGCACAAACCCAGCCUGGAUACAGAUGCUGGUACCGAAGGUGUCUUGCUGCGUUCUGGGCAGAUCUGGCAGUUUUGGGCUGCCUCUGUGGCCCUUUUCUACUACUGGUCUGCCCCCACACUCUCUGUGCAGACAGUUGAAUGACUUGAACCUUGGGAUGGAGUUUGUCACCUUUGGGGGACCGACUACCUUUCCUAAACUGGAGCGGUCAGAAAGGAUCAUCUGAAGGUCGUGGUUUGUGUGGGGAAGAGGGCAACAGCCUGGCCUGGAUCGUCCACCAUGUUCCUCUUGCUGCCUUUUGAUAGCUUGAUUGUCAACCUUCUGGGCAUCUCCCUGACCGUCCUGUUCACCCUCCUGCUUGUUUUCAUCAUAGUCCCUGCCAUUUUUGGAGUCUCCUUUGGUAUCCGAAAGCUCUACAUGAAAACUUUGUUAAAAAUCUUUGCGUGGGCUACCUUGAGAAUGGAGAGAGGAGCCAAGGAGAAGAACCACCAACUUUAUAAGCCCUAUACCAAUGGAAUCAUUGCAAAAGAUCCCACUUCACUUGAAGAAGAAAUCAAAGAAAUUCGUCGAAGUGGUAGUAGUAAGGCUCUGGAUAAUACGCCAGAGUUUGAGCUGUCUGACAUUUUCUACUUUUGCCGGAAAGGAAUGGAGACUAUUAUGGACGAUGAGGUGACAAAGAGAUUCUCAGCAGAGGAGUUGGAGUCGUGGAACCUGCUGAGCAGAACCAAUUAUAACUUCCAGUAUAUCAGCCUUCGGCUUACCAUCUUAUGGGGGCUGGGAGUACUGAUUCGGUAUUGCUUCCUUCUGCCACUCAGGAUAGCUCUUGCAUUCACCGGGAUUAGCUUGCUGGUGGUGGGUACCACUGUGGUGGGAUACCUGCCGAAUGGGAGGUUUAAGGAGUUCUUAAGUAAACACGUCCACUUAAUGUGUUACCGAAUUUGUGUGCGAGCCCUGACAGCCAUCAUUACCUACCAUGACAGAAAGAACAGACCAAGAAAUGGUGGCAUCUGUGUGGCUAAUCACACGUCUCCCAUCGACGUGAUCAUUUUAGCCAGUGACGGCUAUUAUGCCAUGGUGGGUCAGGUGCAUGGGGGCCUCAUGGGUGUGAUUCAGAGAGCCAUGGUGAAGGCCUGCCCACAUGUCUGGUUUGAGCGGUCCGAAGUGAAAGAUCGCCACCUAGUGGCCAAGAGACUGACUGAACAUGUGCAAGAUAAAAGCAAGCUGCCUAUCCUCAUCUUCCCUGAAGGAACCUGCAUCAAUAACACAUCAGUGAUGAUGUUCAAAAAGGGAAGUUUUGAAAUUGGAGCCACAGUUUACCCUGUUGCUAUCAAGUAUGACCCUCAAUUUGGGGAUGCCUUCUGGAACAGCAGCAAGUAUGGGAUGGUGACAUACCUGCUGAGAAUGAUGACCAGCUGGGCCAUUGUCUGCAGUGUUUGGUACCUGCCUCCCAUGACCAGAGAGAAAGAUGAAGAUGCUGUGCAGUUUGCUAACAGGGUGAAGUCUGCCAUUGCCAGGCAGGGUGGACUGGUGGACCUGCUGUGGGAUGGUGGACUAAAGAGGGAGAAGGUGAAGGACACAUUCAAGGAGGAGCAGCAAAAGCUAUACAGUAAGAUGAUUGUCGGGAACCAUGAGGACAGGAGCCGUUCCUGAGUUCAGGUUUCUUGCUGGCUGGAGCUUCUGCCUCCAAAUCCCAGCAGUGAGCCAGAUGGAGUUGCUGCUGCUGCUGCUGCUGCUGCCACACCCCCACUGCUGUAUCCUUCCAGACUCUCAGCCCCGGGCUGCUCUGGAUCCCAGGACUCCCACUUCUUCAGAGCCUCAUAGGGAUCCCUGGGCUUGGGCAGCACGACCUGCCGAAACUGCUGGAUGCUCCACCCAGGACAAGAUGCCUUCUUGUUCCUUUUACAAUAAGCCCAUUGGAGGAGUGCCAUUAAAGUCAGCUCUCCACCUGUGCUCGUCAUGUUGCGUGGACUAAGCAGUCAGGAGGAUUGGCCUUGCCCCUAGUGGGAUGUUGAGGGUUAGUCUGUGGUAGACGCUUUUGUGCCUGGACUUGUGGGAAGGCCCACUACUCCUGAGGAGAGGCACUGCCCAGGCAGCCUGGCUUUUCUCAGCCAAACAUCAGCCCAGCCUCAGAGCCCUGCAGACCUGAUGAAAGUUCAUCUGCAGUGGUGUUCAGCCAAAUGAAAUUUUAAGUUUCUUGUACUUCUGAGUACGGGGCAUCACAGAGGGGAUGGGAAGAGGCCAGUACCCCCUGGCGAGUCACUCUGAGAACUAUGAGUUAUUUUGUUCAAACUCCAGGUUGAGCCUGAAUUAUCCAUGUGACUUUCUCUUUGUUUAAUGUGUGCCUCGUCUUCCUCAUCUGUGGUAUGGGUCAGCAGGGGCAGGAAGGGUGGUGACAUCUACCUCACAGGUUUGUUGUGGGGACUCAAGUGCUACUGUGAGUGAAGUAAAUGUAACGUGCAGUGUCACGGGUACAGGUUCAUGAAACAGCAGGACAAGGUCUGAGUUCAGAGCUGCUACAGGGCUUUGGACAUAUUUUGUUAGUAAAUAAAACUGGAUGGUGAAUAAACUGAGGGACUUUCCCUUCACUCUCUGCCCCCAGAUACAACCCUGAGGAGCUUCCUCUGGGUUACAAUUCUUGUCCUUAAAUAUAACCCUGGGACUUGAGGGUCUCCCAGUGUCUACAGUGAGGAUGAACUAUUCAUACCAAAUGUUUGCCCAUUUCUUGUAGAGUUGCCAGUGUAGACAAUGAGUUUCUCCACAGAUGGGUGACAUGGGCUUGGAGGUGUGUUGCAGCAUACUGACUGUUGGAGGUAGGGGAGAGGAUGAGUCCUGUUGAGGGCAGUGUGGAUGUGAGGACAGUGGAAGCAGGCAGUCGGUAUAAGGGGUUGGAGGAGCAGAGGCCUUGGGAAGGGCCAAUGAGUGAGGUGGGCUGGUGUGGGUGUUGGUUCACCUCAGGUUCCAUAUACAUACUGCAAAGGCAGAUCCAGAGCCAGUCGCCCUUGUCAGUUCUUGCUUCUGAGGCCCACUGACUUCCAUUUCCUCCAGAGAGAGGUUUGCCUCGACCCACCAUUCAUCUAGUUGUCUGUCCCUCCCAACAUCAUGGCACAUCACACCUUUCAGGACUUCGCACCAGCCAUGGUAAGUGUCUCAUCUCCAAAAUUGCCUGAGAUUUUGGAGUGUGCUGGAAGUGAAGCCAGGCUCCUUAAGGCUACAAACUGAUGCCGCUGUCAUGUUGAAAAACCCUGUCCUGUUUGACUCUGUGGUGUCACCCCCCACCACAUUCCUGUCACCUCCCCAAAUAGCCUCCCAUUUCCUCUUCACCUGCCUCAUUGCUACCCAGUGGAAAACUUUUCUCUCAAAUAAAAACUUAAUGACUGUAAGAAUGGCCUCUUGUGAACUGUUUUAGGGAUAUUCAGGAAUAAAAAGCAGUUUAUAAUGUUUCAUUGCCAACUGGAAUGAUCUUUAAAAAUUGGUCUUGAGGGUCAAAUUCCCUUUAAAGAAACUCUCUUAAAACUUCUCAGGAAUUACUGCUUUUAUUUCCUGAUGUGUAUACAGAUUUUUAAAUUUUACUUUCACUUGUCUCAUACCCCACACACCCAUGUGCUACAUAGAGAACAGUGGAGAGAAGGGCUAUGCAUCAUACCCAUCCUUACUCAGUGCUUGGUACAGGCACUCACUCUACUGUCUGUCCUUUUUAAUUGAGGAUCCUGCAGGCCCCAGUUGUGUCCAUAAAUCAGAAUACUUGGUUUGGGAUUGAUGUCAUCCCAUGCUGACUUCCUCAGGACACACAGUGUAGGCAGCGUAAAGGUACAAAGUGCUCGCUGUCAGAUUUCCACCUGAUGGGUGGAACAGCACUGGCCAGCUGUAGUCCUGCUUCCAGAUCUUCUUUGCUGGCUUGUCUGUAUUUCUCUGCACUGUUUCCUGAUUUGAAACCAGGGACUUAGGUGACCUUUAAGGCUUUCCAUCUUGAAAUUUCUGUAGCCCAUCAUUCAGACUUUGGUUUUGAGAUCUUAAAGUCUUCUGUGUUCUGAAUUAGAAUUCGCUUGAGGCCACUUGCUCCCUUUGACUCUGCUGCAGGGGUACCCCUGUGAGGAGGAGUCCCCAGGUAGUGUAGGUGGUUGUGAGCCAGCCCUACACUCCUCCUGGAAUGGGUUACUUAGGUUGUGGAUCUCAGAUACUCUUCACUCAAACAUGUACCUUUUCCAGCUAGUUAGAGAAAACUUUCUAAGAAGGUCAGUCAAGUUCUGAAAGGAAGGUCAAUAGAAGUCUCUCAGCCCAGCAGAGCAGUUCUGGAUGACCUCGUGACAUUGAGAACUGACCUUGGAACGUGAUUCUUUCCUGGAGCAUACCCUCCUCCCACCCAUGACAGAGAUGAAUAAAGACUUGAGUGUGAGGGACGGUGGCAAAGGACUACGGGCACCAUCAUGUUUCAGACCUUUGUGGCAGAACUAGUUGUGGCCACAGAUGCCCAUGUCCUGUGGGAAUCAGGCUGUGAGCCCUGCUGUAUCCUUCCUGGAACUGACAGACUCUCAGUGUUUGGGACAGUGCUUCCUUUUGUCCCCCAACGCAUGAGAAAUGCCUCUGUGUGCAGCUCUCUUGCCUGCUGUGUGUCUUGGGUGGCCAGACUCGAUUUCUCCAGGCGUGCCGUCCUGUGUGGUCUGGGAUGUCCGGACUAGAAGGGCGGUUCAUGCACACUGACUCGGACGGGUUAAGAGACGACCAUCCAGCCAUCCAUCUUGCAUUGCACUCACACCCCCUCUUCCCAGUCAAUAUGUCUCCCUCCGAUGGGAAAGUUAAUAAAUUUUGCUCUAGAUUAAAAGUAUUGAUCAUUUCAUUUGUAAACGAUAAAUAAAAAGGGGGAACUUUUCAUUGCACCAUGGAUAGCGUCUGGUGUAUUUUGCUGGUGAAAUUUCGCUCGCUGUUGGGGGGUGGGCUUCUCAUAUGCAUUCUGGCCGGCCAGCUGCAUUGAUUUCCUAUUAGUCUCCCAGCACCACCCAGUAACACAUCAUUUCAGUACCUGCUAUUAAUGGUCUUUUGAUAAAUAAUCACUUGUAAGUCAAUAAAUUUUUAUUAAACAGUGUGGCUCUUUGAUUUAUUAAAAUCCGACUGUGUUUGUCUGGGAGAAAAGGGAUGCUGAAUUGAAGUGGAGGUUUUCAUACAUCUUCCUGACGCCGAGCAGUCAUCACACACUCCAGAGAAAAACAAUUGCGUUUUAACAGAAACAAAACAGCCGAGUUUGGAACUUGGGUCCAAGGAAACUUUAUCUCCGUCAGCGUGGGGAUUACUCUCCAGGGAGCAGCCAGGCGCCUCCGACACAAGAACUGUUCGCUUCUGAGAGUGGUGAGGUUUCCAGGUUGGACUCCCCUGCCUGACUGUAUUAUUGGAUGCCUCUGAGGGGCCUCUGCAGGUCCAUGGGCAGCCCAGGUCAGCCUCUCCUAGGGGGAGGUGGACCCUGGGGCAGACAUUUGAGGUCAACCAGAGAAGUUGGACUACUGAACCUUUUAGCAGCCUUCCUGGCCAAAUCACCAAAAGCUGCUUCUUGGGCAGGAAAUGCCAACAGACUGCAUGUUAUGUGGACUGUUCUUAAAACAGUCACAAUGCAAAUUUUUGUGAACUUUUCAUUGGCAUAAAAUUUGCCAUAAAGUUUGAUACCUUUUCAUUAAGAGCUGGCUGCACACAGCAUUGUUUUAUAGAGAGCAACCCAGCCACUGAGAACAGAACCAAAAUUCUCAGCCCAGAGGGGAUUUCACCUCCACUGGUCCUCUGUGACUGUCAGUGACAGGACAAGGGCUUCAG